CGUGUCACGUCCCCUUCAUUAUCAGCCGUUUCAACAUGGGUACUAAAAGGACCAAAAAGCGACGUGAGGGUAGAAGGAGGAAAUCCCAACAAGAUCAAUGGAGGAGUUAUGCUACCGCGUCUGAUAUGCUUCGGUUCAGUAAUUGCACUGGUAGAUCAGCUUUUCGUCAACAGCCUGGAUUUCGAGUUUUGGGACCGGCAAUCCAACUAAAACAGACCGGCAAAAAGCAACCUUUCGGCCACCCUAGUCCUUGCGAUUCUCGGUUCGCGAAGCCUACUUUGGUAACACAGGUCGCUACUAUUGCUCCCGCCCCAAGAAGCCUAGGAGACGUCCUAAUGGACAACCCGGAGAAGCGAUUUGAAGGCAUCAGCCAAGAUAUUCUUGACUUAGCCGCCAAGUCUGCAUUGCAAGUUACUGACGAAGUAACGGUGAAAUGGCUACACAAAUGGUGUCCUUAUAUGGAUUUCGCGCUGAUUUUCGACUGGAUCCGAUCUAUGGACUGCGUCGAGAACAACUACAAGCACAACCUAUACAUGGUACCAUCUGAGGCGAUGGACAUCAAAGGCACUGGCACAACACUGGCAAACCUAUACCGUAAUUGUCGAUUAGUCUACUCGAAGUACCCCGUCCUCAAGAUGCCCAAUGUCGUGGAGGUUUUCGAUCAAUGCAUCAUUGUCUGCCGCGUACUCAAGAAUGAAAAGUGCACAGAUCUCCUUCAGAAGACCAAAGAGAUCAUCCAGUGGCUUCCUGUCGGCCUCGGAUGCAAGGAACUGGAGGUGCAGAGGAAAUUAUCUCGCAACUUAAACAAGGUCUCUCCCUCCCUGGAAGACGGAAAGAAGUUGGAGAAGGAAUUGCUGGACGCAGCACUCGUCGAGUUCGAAAUACAUCGGCAAGAAUUCACCAUCAAGCUUCUUCAGCAAGUUAAGUUACUGCUAGACUCCUCCGACCCGUUUAGGGCCGACAAUAACUUAUGA